CGGGCACCGAGCACGCAGAGCUGCACCCCGUAGUGUGCACCCGCAACCACUCGCACAGCUGCAAUGGCUGACGAGAAGAAACCCACGACCCUGGCGCCGCCCGCCGUCACUGCACUCAAGCAGGAGGCGGCCGGCUCGCCUGGACACCGACACAACAUGGAGCGGACGGUCAGCCAGGACAUGCGCAACGAGCGGGCAGACCUCAAAGAGGCUGCCGAGCACAGCCUGAACAUCAUCGUGGACCUGGAUCUCGAGGGCAAGAUUCGUUAUGUCAGCCCCUCGUGGACCGAUGUCAUUGGCACCCUGCCCAGCCAGGUCACGGGCAAGCCGGUGCUCGACCUGAUCAGCAGCGGCGCCGAUGGCUUUGCAGAGGCCAUCGAGUCGGUUAGGAAGGACGACUCGAGAAGCCACAUUGCCCGCUUUACCAUCCAGCUUGGACCCCACUCCAUUCUGCGCAAGCGCCGAUCCAAGCACGCUGCCCCCGAAGGCCCCGAGCCCGGGCCACGCUCACCAACCCAGGCUCCCGAAGAGGAAGAGCAGUUUCUCAAUGUAGAGGCCCAGGGCAUCAUGGUCUAUGACCGCGCAACGGGUGCCGAAAGCCACACCAUGUGGAUGGUGCGGCCCUCGGUCAUCCGUGAGGUCACCAUCGAUCUUCCAGAGGUCCUCGUCGAGGCGCUGGGCGUGGGAGCAGAAGUGCUUGCCCACUACCUGACUGGCCUGGCCGAGCACAGUGCAACCGACCCUGCAAACUACGCCCCACCACUGCCAGUCUUGUGCCGCAUCUGCGAGCGGCAAAUCACGCCCUGGUGGUUUGAGAAGCACUCUGAGCUGUGUCUGCAAGAGCAUCGCGCUGAAAUGGACGUGCAAAUGGCCCAGGAGACACUGGCUGAACACCGCAAUGCCAUUGUCAAGGUUCUGGAUACGCUCGAGUCUCACAGUCAGCGUUCAAGAACGACAUCAACCGAUUCUGUGCAGCCGCUGCAGCCUGCAGAGUACAAAGGCCUCAUAAUCCACUCGACAUCCACACCCUCCUCAGGCACCCCUUCGAGUACUCCAUCUGGACGCAACUCUCCUGCAUCGCCACCCUCGAGAUCCCGCGAACGUUCGGAGCGCCCAUCGGGGUUUGGCCACCACCGUGCACGAUCAUUUGCGGUUCGGAGACCUCUGGCUCGCAUCGUUGAGCUAGUCCUCGACUUGUGCGACACCGCUCUUGAAAUCAACACACCCGCCAUCAAAGACAACACCCGUGGCCAAUCAGUCGCCGAAAUCCGCACCCAAUCACCGCAAUCAGAGAACCGCAUAUCACAAGUGCUGCAGUGGCAGUCGCCUACGACAGGCUCAGUCGACCAUACCGAAGGCCUCAAGCUGUUAUGUGAAGACACCAGCAGACUCGCGAGGGCCAAGAUUGACGCUGUCACACGCCACCGGCGGGUUCUCGAGUACUCUGAACGUCUUCGCAUCGAGUUUGACAUCCUGGUCCAGGAAUGUAUCGAGGCCGCAAUCUUGAAGGCUGCUCGCAUUGCUGCAGGCGAAGACAGCUCGUCUGAAGAUGAGCGACAGGAAGAAGAGGUUCAGUCCGAUGCCAACGAUACGGACACAGCUACGGAUAUAGCCCCUGGCGAGGAAAGCAUCUUCCCCGGCUCCUUUGAUACCCCGUCGACAAUGGUGCAGGCGCUGCGCAGUACGUCAGAUGUGUCUCUGCCAGCACGAGUUGGACGCCGCGAGUCUUCUGUAGCUGGCUCCAACAGGUCCAGUAGCCCCAGAGGAGGAUGCCAGACGCCGCGAUCACACGCUGGUGCUAUCAACAUAGCAACCCACAACAAGCGCCAGUCGAUGCACUUUGAGAGCGACACUGGUGCUGAGAGUGACACUAGCAUGCGUUCUUCAGUGCUGUCUGGCCCCCGUCGAGCCGACUCGCCUGCAACAUCCGACGUAGGCUUGGGCAGAGUAACCAGCUCACGAGAGCGCAAACGCAAAAGCCUAAUACUCCCCAGUGUCAUGUCGAGCAGACAGCAGUCACCUGCUCGCUCCAUGGUACCCCCGCCCUCUUCGCCUCUCCGGACAACCAAACCGCGCCUUCCCAGCGGUGUUGAUAACAUUCAGUCGCCCAUUACCUCACCCGUCUUGCACACUACAGAAUUCUCGUCACCAGCCAUAGUGCAUGCAAUAAGCCACCAUCGCAGACAGUCAUCCACAGCUGGUUCCGAUGGUCCGAGGCCAAUUUCCCCCCGCCUUAUCGCUACGACCCAGCCGCAACCCCGCGCCGUUCCUCCGUCGAUCAAGGAUUUUGAGAUCAUCAAGCCAAUCAGCAAGGGUGCUUUCGGCAGCGUCUACUUGGCCAAGAAAAAGUCUACUGGCGAGUAUUAUGCUAUCAAAGUCUUGAAGAAAGCAGACAUGGUUGCGAAGAAUCAAGUCACUAACGUCAAAGCUGAGCGUGCCAUCAUGAUGUGGCAAGGCGAGAGCGAUUUCGUCGCCAAGCUGUACUGGACCUUUUCGAGCAAGGACUAUCUUUACCUGGUCAUGGAAUAUCUGAAUGGCGGCGAUUGUGCUUCGUUGAUCAAGGUUCUUGGGGCUUUGCCAGAAGAUUGGGCAAAGAAGUAUCUGGCCGAGGUUGUUUUGGGUGUGGAGCAUCUGCACAGUCGGAGCAUCGUUCACCGUGACCUGAAGCCUGACAAUCUUCUCAUUGACGGUAAAGGCCAUUUAAAACUGACCGACUUUGGUUUGUCACGUAUGGGUAUGAUUGGCCGGCAAAAGCGUGCUCUCAAAUCAGUGGAACCUGCGCCAGACCUGCUCAAGACGGGCCCCUUCCACCGUGCAAUAUCUGUUGGCUCUUCACGAUCUGCUUCCUUUGAUCUGAACCAUUCGCCUUCGCAGACACCAUCCAUGACACCUGCUCUUGCUGGCGAUAUUGGUCAGCCAUCAUACUUCAGCCUGAAUCGAGAGAAUUCGCAGCAGAGUCGUGAGCGCUCGCGACGGCCCUCGGGGACACGCAGCGAUAGUCAGGACAGUGACGCGCUGCAGGCCAUGUUCCGCCGUUUCUCAAUAGCUGAUGACUCGUUUAGUCAUCCUCGAGGACGAUCACCCAUAGAAGAGGAGGCGCUCAGUGACGAUGGCUCUCCCGAUCCAUACUCGGUACCCCAUUCGAUGAGCCACUCGGCUAUAGCUCAGAACAGUGUUCUUCCUCCAGCAACCACAAUGCCACCCCCGCCCAUGGCUUUGUUUGACCCCGAAGACAGCGACAGGCGCUUCGUUGGCACUCCCGAUUAUUUGGCCCCGGAGACGAUUGCGGGUAAUGGCCAAGAUGAAGUCAGUGAUUGGUGGUCUCUCGGGUGUAUUCUGUUUGAGUCUCUGUAUGGAUAUCCUCCUUUUCAUGCAGAUACACCAGACGAAGUGUUUCAAAAUAUCCUUGCGCGAAGAAUCGACUGGCCAGACGAUGACGAUGAGACCUAUGACAUUUCGGAUGAGGCAAAAGAUCUAAUGAACCGCCUUAUGUGCUCAGAUCCUGCACAACGACUAGGUGCAAACAAGGACGAAAAGUUUGCCAGCGGUGGUGAAGAGAUCAGAAACCAUCCAUGGUUUGCUGAUAUCAACUGGGAGACAUUGCGAGAUGACGAAGCCUCUUUUAUUCCUGCACCUGAAAACCCAGAAGACACAGAGUACUUUGACUCGAGAGGAGCGGCCAUGGCCAACUUUAAUCCGGAAUUUGAAGACCAAGCGACUACACCAGCGGGCACGCCCAGUACCGACUACCCCGACCGGCCCCAUGAUGCUCUAUCUAGAGUGCGGUCACAGGUGACGGUAUCGACCAUGAAGCGUGGGCUUAUUCCUCUCCACAUACCAGCGCACGUGCGUGAGGGCAGGUCACGGCGACUGAGUGAGCCUAUGGCAACUGACGACUUUGGCAAUUUUAGCUACAAGAAUCUACCGGUUUUGGAGAAGGCCAACAAGGACGUCAUUCAGAAGCUACGUGCAGAGGCAAUGCUUCCGCAGAACAAGCCAACUCCUCCCAUUCAGUCACCCAGCGUGACGUCGCCUUCCCCGUCCUUGGAAAACAGCCCGAUGCUACCUGGUUCUCUGAAGCGUACCUUGUCUACAAACCGAGCUCCUGGACGACCCUCGUCUCCCUCUGUAAGCGGACCACAUUCUUCUCCCAGUCGUGGCUCACAGCCCUCCUCUCCACUACUUGUACAGUUCAGCACCGGACAACACCAUGACCGACGAAAGACGUCUAGUAGCUCAUCUACACUGUCGCACUCGACGAGCAACACGUCGUCGCUGCAGCCCGGCAGCUCACACGAUGCUUCGCGCAUGUCAGGUUUGCGACCUUCUCCAGAUGCCAACUCACCCAACAAGCUUUCCAAGAGUCCCUCUGCGCCAGCUGGAACCCCCCAGGACAAAGCCACAUCCGGACAACGUCAGACAUCUUCAGGACCCGUCACCGAUUCACCACGCGCCCGCUCGCAAACAAUUGGGUCUCAGGAAGAGGACAUUGUGCGUGACCUAUUGCCAGGACACUACAAGCGACGCAGUCAAGUCCUCGACGUAUCGCCUUCGUCAUCGGACACUGAGGAUUCACGCGCCAAAGCGCUCCUUCGUGUACAACGACGCAGACAAAGUUCUCGCCGAAUGUCUCAGAUUAGCUUUGGCGACGGUCCCUUCUUCCGACCACUGGAUGUUCUGAUUUGCGAGGAUCACCCUGUGUCACGACUCGUUAUGGAAAAGCUGCUGGAGAAGUUGCGCUGCCGCACCCUGACCGUUACCAACGGAUCUGAGGCGAUUCGCUAUGCCAUGGGAGAAGUCAAGUUCGAUGUCAUCAUGAUGGAGUUCAGGCUGCCCCAGGUCAAUGGCGCAGAUGUUGCUCGCAUGAUUCGCGAUACGAAAAAUGCGAAUACCCAUACCCCUAUCGUCGCCGUCACGGGCUAUCUCAAGGAGCUCCAGGCGCCUCAUUACUUCGAUGCCCUAAUCGAGAAGCCGCCCACUGUUGCUAAGCUCACCGACACCCUGAGCAGAUUGUGCCAAUGGAAAGCGCCCCCACCGGGGUGGACGCCGAGCCAGUCGUAUCCAUCCAUCAUGCCUUCGGGCUUACGACAAGAGUCUUCGCGCCCAGAAGACAGCCCCUCAUCGAAUGCAUCCAGCUAUCCGGCUGUACCCUCUGCUAGCUACCGAGGCUCUAGCCGCGAAGACUCUAUUAGCUCUAGCUUCUUCGGAGACAACGACAGUCGCGCAAGCGAGGACAUAGCUGUUCGAAUCCACAACGCAGACGAUUGGCGGGAGCGGGACAUGGCCCGGGCGAUGGGCGCGCUGGGCAUUGGAGACGAUGCAGCCCAUGCAGAUCCCAAGACUGUUCCCUCCAAUCGUGGCGGUCCGCCUGACCUACCCCACGGGGAUUCUGCGCCGGCGUCACUCGAGGAGGCAACGAUCCGCCGCCAGAGAUCGACCGAGCAAGUUGGUGCGAAGCGCCGCAUACUAGAGACGCGGAAGCAUGAAUCAGCAGAGUCUGGUGACGAUGAGGACGAUGAGUUGGGCCAUGCUCCUAUCCGCACUAAGAGCCCAAGAUCGCGACCCAAGUCCACCUCUAAGCUCGGGAUUGAAAUGAUGCGCACAAACAGCAGAGGCAGUGUCAUUUCUGUCGAAGACAUGGGCCAGCCAGACACGACGCUGCCUUCAUCCCCGCCUCCCAUGAUUACGGAAGAUCGAGCAGCAGAGGAAUACGAAGGCUCUCUUGCCACACCUGAGGUCGCGCCCGUGUCGCUCACACCGCCUGUUAUAUUUCCGGAACGGCCUGGGGAUGACGUAGAGGAGUUUGUCAUGGAAACACCAAAAGCGCAAAAGGAAGCGACUAGUCCAGAUGCAGAUCCGGAUCCAACGCCCAAGGCAAAGACUGCCAGUACAUCAGACCCGGAUCCUACGCCUAGGCCGAGCAGUGCGACGGACGCCUAGGCCGUGUCUCGCCUAUCGUUUGGCACUUCUUCAGUAAAUUGUUCAUUUGAGUUUACAGCGUAACUCUAUGUUUGACAGCAUGGUGUUGGUGGUGUUUCUAAUGGGUAGUGUACCGGGAAACAUCCUUUCGCGAUUACUUCAAUGACUUGUCUUUUUUUUUCAACCCUCUUUUUGGGGAUGCUUUUACUUACCACGACCAAUCGUCGGCGUACGUUGCGUCGUCAGCUGGUAGAGCAAGCACCCUUUAACAUACCAGCUAUGGUUAUAUAGUUGAAUAUCUCCUUUCCCCUUUUUCUCACACACGCCAUCUCACAAUCAACUCAUUAGGUGAAAUGCUGUUUUUUUUGGGUCCUCUCGAGGUGCCAGGUGUGCGUCGGUGGUCUAUCAUUCACUCGUUUUUUAUUUCUUGGUUCGGUGUUUUGUGCUUCAUGUUUACGUUGUAUACCCAGUCCCUCCC